AUGAAUGUGCUAUUUCUUUCGUAUAAUAUUUGUAUUCUUUUUUUUGUUGUAUGCACAUUAAAUUUUUCUACUAAGUGCUUUUCCAAUGGUUUAUUGAAGAAUCAAAAUAUCCUAAACAAAAGUUUUGAUUCCAUAACGGGAAGAUUAUUAAACGAAACCGAAUUAGAAAAAAAUAAAGAUGAUAAUUCAAAAUCUGAAACGUUGUUAAAAGAGGAAAAAGAUGAAAAGGAUGAUGUACCUACAACGAGUAAUGACAACCUUAAGAAUGCUCAUAAUAAUAAUGAAAUUUCAAGUUCAACUGAUCCAACGAAUAUUAUUAAUGUUAAUGAUAAAGAUAAUGAAAACUCUGUAGAUAAAAAAAAAGAUAAAAAAGAAAAAAAGCAUAAAAAAGAUAAAAAAGAAAAAAAAGAAAAAAAAGAUAAAAAAGAAAAAAAAGAUAAAAAAGAAAAAAAACAUAAAAAAGAAAAAAAACAUAAAAAAGAUAAAAAAAAAGAAGAAAACAGUGAAGUGAUGUCUUUAUAUAAAACGGGUCAACAUAAACCAAAAAACGCAACAGAACAUGGUGAAGAAAAUUUAUAUGAAGAAAUGGUAAGUGAAAUAAAUAAUAAUGCACAAGGUGGACUCCUUUUAUCAAGCCCAUAUCAAUAUAGAGAACAAGGAGGAUGUGGAAUCAUAUCUAGUGUUCAUGAGACGUCUAAUGAUACAAAAGAUAAUGAUAAAGAAAAUAUAUCCGAAGACAAAAAGGAGGACCAUCAACAAGAAGAAAUGUUGAAAACACUUGAUAAAAAAGAACGUAAACAAAAAGAAAAAGAAAUGAAAGAACAAGAAAAAAUCGAAAAAAAAAAAAAAAAGCAAGAAGAAAAGGAAAAGAAAAAACAAGAAAAAGAAAGAAAAAAACAAGAAAAGAAAGAACGUAAACAAAAAGAAAAAGAAAUGAAAAAACAAAAAAAAAUAGAAAAAGAAAGAAAAAAGAAAGAAGAAAAGGAAAAGAAAAAGAAAAAACAUGAUAAGGAAAAUGAAGAAACAAUGCAACAACCAGAUCAAACAAGUGAAGAAACCAACAAUGAAAUUAUGGUACCAUUACCAAGUCCAUUGACAGACGUAACUACACCAGAAGAACACAAAGAAGGAGAACACAAAGAAGAAGAACACAAAGAAGGAGAACACAAAGAAGGAGAACACAAAGAAGAAGAACACAAAGAAGAAGAACACAAAAAAGAAGAACACAAAUCAAAAGAACACAAAUCAAAAGGAAAGAAAGAUAAAGGAAAGAAAGAUAAAGGAAAACAUAAAAAAGCAAAAAAAGAAAAAGUAAAAAAACACGUAGUUAAAAAUGUUAUAGAAGAUGAAGACAAAGAUGGUGUAGAAAUAAUAAACUUAGAAGAUAAAGAGGCAUGUGAAGAACAACACAUAACAGUAGAAAGUAGACCACUAAGCCAACCACAAUGUAAACUAAUAGAUGAACCAGAACAAUUAACAUUAAUGGAUAAAUCAAAAGUUGAAGAAAAAAACUUAUCCAUACAAGAGCAAUUAAUAGGUACCAUAGGACGUGUUAAUGUAGUACCCAGAAGAGAUAAUCAUAAGAAAAAAAUGGCGAAGAUAGAGGAAGCUGAACUUCAAAAACAGAAACAUGUUGAUAAGGAAGAAGACAAAAAAGAAGAAUCCAAAGAAGUAGAAGAAGAAUCUAAAGAGGUACAAGAAGAUGAAGAAGAAGUAGAAGAAGAUGAAGAAGAAGAAGAAGAAGAAGAGGAAGAAGAAGAAGAAGAAGAAGAAGAAGAGGAAGAAGAAGAAGAUGAAGUAGAAGAAGAUGAAGAUGAUGCUGAAGAAGAUGAAGAUGAUGCUGAAGAAGAUGAAGAUGAUGCUGAAGAAGAUGAUGAUGAUGCUGAAGAAGAUGAUGAUGAUGCUGAAGAAGAUGAUGAUGAAGAUGAAGAUGAAGAUGAAGAAGAAGAAGAAGAUGAAGAAGAAGAAGAAGAAUCAGAAAAAAAAAUAAAAAGAAAUUUGAGAAAAAAUGCCAAAAUUUAA